AUGGCUAUAGAAAUUUUGCAUUUAAAACUUAUAUUUUGGGGCUUACUUGCCGUGGUAGUAGUAUACUUAGUAGUGAGUAGGAGAGAUGGGUUAUCAUAUAAAUUCCAAGAGAUUAACACAAGAGUAAGGAGUCUGGGUGGAUCUACUGAUCUAAAUAGUUCCUUUAGAGAUGACUUAGAGAGCGGAUUACACUCAUCGAAUUUUGAUAUAAUAAGUCACAAUGGAGAUGAUUCUAGAGCUGGUUUGGAUGAUGAAUCAAAGAAAUUGAUAAGAGAUAUAAUGGUUUCGGAAAAUGUCAGCUUUGAUAAAGCUAGAUUGAUUUUCACUGAAAGGAAGUUCGGUGAUAAUGACAUUGCAUCUGAUGGUACACCUUUAGAUCCCAAAGCUGUUACAUUUUCAAGUUAA